CAUUCAUCUACCUCAAUAAUUACUCUGUCUGACAUCCCUCAAGCUUCCGACCCGACUAAGCCUUUUUGCGUCCCAAUUUUCACAGAUAAUAUUGUUUGAUCGCUUGACCACACCUCGUUCACCAUGUCGGACGACGAGGAUUUCAUGCAGGAGUCGGAUGAGGAGCAGUACGACUUCGAGUACGAAGAAGACGAUGACGAAGAGACCGCCGAUGUCGAUAUCGAAAACAAAUACUACAACGCCAAGCAACUCAAGCUGUCAGACCCCGAAGAUGCGAUCGCAGAAUUCCUGGGCAUUCCGCCACUCGAAGAAGAGAAAGGAGAAUGGGGCUUCAAAGGUGUGAAGCAGGCCAUAAAGCUCGAGUUCAAGCUGGGCCAAUAUGACAAGGCUGCUGAACAUUACGCUGAACUCCUCACCUACGUCAAGUCGGCCGUUACGCGCAACUACUCCGAGAAGUCCAUCAACAACAUGCUCGACUACAUCGAAAAGGGAGCGGAUGGCCCAGAGGCAGUGAAGUGUAUGGAGCAAUUCUACUCCCUCACGCUGCAGAGCUUCCAGAGCACCAACAACGAGCGCCUGUGGCUCAAGACCAACAUCAAGCUGGCAAAGUUACUUCUCGACCGAAAGGAGUACGGCGCUGUGUCAAAGAAGCUCCGAGAGCUCCACAAGACCUGUCAGCAAGAAGAUGGAACCGACGACCCUAGCAAGGGCACAUAUUCACUCGAGAUUUACGCACUUGAGAUCCAAAUGUUUGCAGAGACCAAGAACAAUAAGCAACUCAAGGCCCUGUAUCAAAGAGCUCUCAAAGUCAAAUCCGCGGUACCACAUCCCAGAAUCAUGGGCAUCAUCAGAGAGUGUGGUGGAAAGAUGCACAUGAGCGAAGAGAACUGGAAGGAAGCUCAGAGCGACUUUUUCGAAUCGUUCCGUAACUACGACGAAGCAGGUUCUCUCCAGCGAAUCCAGGUUCUCAAGUAUCUGCUAUUGACGACCAUGUUGAUGAAGUCCGACAUCAACCCUUUCGAUUCGCAGGAGACCAAGCCCUACAAGACAGAUCCACGAAUCUCCGCCAUGACAGAUCUUGUCGACGCUUACCAGCGAGAUGAUGUACACGCGUACGAGAAGGUCCUGCAGCGUAACCAGGACAUCCUAGAUGAUCCAUUCAUUGCCGAGAACAUCGAUGAAGUCACGCGAAACAUGCGAACUAAGGGUGUUGUAAAGCUCAUCGCUCCUUACACACGCAUGAAGCUAUCUUGGAUCGCCAAGCAGCUCAAGAUCUCCGAGCCCGAAGUACAAGAUAUUCUGGGCUUCUUGAUCAUUGACGGCAAGAUCAACGGUCGAGUCAACCAACAAGAGGGUCUCCUGCAGAUCACCUCUGACGCAGACACCGAGCGCAUUGCAGCUCUCCAGGGACUCACGUCGUCUAUUUCGGAGCUGUUUGGUGCUAUUUUCAGAGACGGAGAUGGAUUCCGUAACAGUGAGCAUUCCGCAGCGGACGAGCAAAUAAUGGAUGUGUCAGGCAUUCCAUUGGGGAAGGGAAGCCAUAGGGCGGCUGCCCAACAUCGCGGGAAGAAGGGGAAGUUGGCUGCGGCGCCAUGGGCCUGAGAGAGCGGCCAGGGAAUGAAUUCUACUGUGUGAUCGUUAACAUAGCCCCGGGGAUAUCCGCAGACCAGGAAAGCCUCUUUGUUGGUGUUUCCUGUUUCAACCCCCAGGUCUUUUUGCUGGAUCGAGAAAGUAAGAUGCUGUUGCAGUUUUCCUGCGGGUGCAUCCGCGUUUGGAGAUGCUUCGACGGGAUCUCGCAUAGUACGAGGCCACUGGCAACGGUGAUUCCUCGUCGCACCAGACGGGUAGCGGCAUCGACUACGGACCAGUUGUUUCAGAGAGAGAUGACGAGAAAGAUGUGCAGAAGGGACGAGGGCCGAAGUGACGCCGUAUUCGGUCUUGAUCCCCAUGUCUCGUGUAGCAAAAGCGAGUGACGAGUAAUGUUAUUCAAUAUAAAC